UGGUUUCGGUCUGGUUUACGUUACGUGCGGGCGGCGGAAUAGCUUAUCUAGGCCUAGUCGUUCUUAUUCUAUAAUUAAUUGUUAAAAAUAGAAGAUUGAAGAUUUGUAGUAACGAUAUUUCCAGAAAUUCCUGCAUUGAGUUUAAUUACUGUGAGUUCUUUGCGAAGGUUAAUGAAACAGGACACAUCUAGAUCAAAUAUGGGUGGACCUCAUGGAAUAGAAGAAUCGGGAAUUGAACCUUCCUCGGACAAUGAAGAUGAAUAUGACAACCAGGAUGAUCCAAUGGGCGACGAUUACAGAGACGACGAGGAUGAAGAUUAUUUUGACGACUAUCGUCCUCCUCCAAAUAAAAGAGGCAGAGGUGGUGGAAUGUAUAGGGGUGGUGGAAGAGGUGGUGGGAGAGGAGGACAACACAUGGACUUCAGCCCAAGAGGUCAAGGACAAGGCCCCAGAGGUGGGCCACAAGGCCCCCAUGGACCACAUGGUGGUGGCCCUAGAUUCCGUGGAAGAGGCGGCUAUGGGCCCAGGGGGCCACCACCACCAGGCUACCGUGGAGGACCUCCCGGACCACACUAUGGAGGACCCAGAGGCCCAAGGUUUAGAGGUGGGCCUCCUCCAAAUUGGGAUCCAAACUGGGGGGGUCCAGGACCAAUGCAAGGACACGGUGGCCCCAACUAUGGAGGGCCUCCUCCUCCACCGCAUCACAUGAUGGGGGGACCUCCUCCAGGAGGCAUGGGGCCGCCACCCCACAUGAUGGGAGGACCUGGUGGACCCAUGGGCAUGCCUCCACCGUUUGGCCCACCUCCAGGUAUGGGUGGUCCUCCUCCAUUAGGGUCCGGACCUCCUCCAAUGAUGCAGCCUAACCAAAUGGGUGGGAUGCCUCCACAAAUGAAUGGACCGCCGGCCAUGCCAAAUGGACCUCCAAUGAACAUGCCACCUCCAGGAAUGCCACCUCCAGGCAGUAUGCCUCCUACUAAUGUUCCUCCACCCUCCGCCUCCACCACCACAGCUGGGGGUGCUUCAGCGACCGGCCUGCCUCUGGACUUCACUGGCGAGAUAUGGGUCGAGACCAAAGCAUCUGAGGGCAAAUCUUAUUACUAUAAUGCCAGGACACGAGAGACUACUUGGACCAAACCGGAAGGAAAUGUUAAAAUUCUUCUGCAAGAACAGGUUGAAGCUAUGGCUCAGGCUGCUGGUGUUGGACAAAGUCAGACAAACACAACACAAGAGACCAACACUGCGGACAAUGAAGACAAUAGCAAUGACGAUGCCACCUCUACUGCUGCUACCACCUCCACCACUACAAGUAGUACAAGUGUAACAAGUUCAUCAACUUCAGUAACCAGUACAGCUGCUAGUGCAACAACAGUAUCCUCAUCAAUGCCUGCGUCUGCAGCCCCAGUCAUGGGACCCAUGAUGGGUGGCCCACCACCAUUAGGCGGACCAAUGGGAAUGGGCAUGAUGGGUAUGGGAGGUAUGCCUAACACAAUGCAGCCUCCACCUGGUAUGAUGGGAGGUCCCCCUCCUGGUAUGUACGGAGGUCCUCCUGGUCCAUUCGGAGGUGGGCCGCCAUUUGGUAUGCCUCCGCCAGGGUUUCCACCAGGUGGUUUUGGAGGGUUUCCUCAAGGUCCGUGGGGGAUGCCUCCCCAAGGCAUGAUGCCUGGAGCCCAGCAGCCAGUGAUGGCCCCUCAGUCCAUGGUCCCUGCCCCUGUGGCAGCUGUCUCAGCUCCGGGGCAGGUUGACGAAGCUUCCCCUCAGAUUGAUCCAGAAAUAGUAGCUAAAGCAGCCGAGUGGACAGAACAUCGGGCUCCAGAUGGCAAGUUUUACUACUACAACGCUAAACUGGGAGAAAGUGUUUGGCAAAAACCUCAAGCACUCAAGGAUUUAGAAACUGCCAAGUUGGCCGCAGCGCAGGGUGUGUCCACAGUACCAUCGUCUGGUGUUAUCUCAGCAGCUGCUACCACCAAGACUGCCACAGCCAAGACUGCUGCAGAUGAUGAUGGCUCCUCUAGUGAUGGGGACAAGUCACCCCAACCUCAUGCUGUCAAUGGUUCCAUUAAAGAGAGUGAUGAAGAGGUAGAGAAAAAGAAAUUGGAACUAGCAGAGAAAAACAAAAAGGAGGCAGAUAUCAGUGCUCAAGAAGAACAGGUGAAAAAGAAAAAAGACGAUGAAGAAGAGAAAGCAAAGGAAAUGCAAAAAGCACAAGAUAAAUCUAAGCCUGUUUCUAGUACUCCUGUGCCAGGGACUCCUUGGUGCGUGGUGUGGACGGGUGAUGGCAGAGUGUUCUUCUACAAUCCGUCAUCUCGCACUUCGGUGUGGGAGAGGCCGGAGGAGCUGGUGGGACGUGUGGAUGUAGACAAGAUGGUAGCUAGUCCCCCAGACUCUGCUCAGGCCCCCGAUACACCAGCAGCGACCAAGCGGGAAAACUCUAGCGACACAGAGGCCUCAGCCGCCAAGAAACAGAAAAUGGACAACACUAAGGUGGACUUAAACAUAUCAGCCUCUACUGAGCCAAAGGAAGAAAAGAAACAGAUAGACAUUGGUAAAGAGGCAGCCAUGGAGGCUGAGGUGAGGGCAGCACGUGAGCGAGCCAUCGUGCCUCUGGAGAUCCGUAUCAAGUCUUUCCGUGAGAUGUUGGCUGAGAAAGAGGUGUCGGCGUUCAGCACUUGGGAGAAGGAGCUUCACAAGAUAGUAUUCGACCCCCGCUACCUGUUACUGACGUCCAAGGAGCGCAAGCAGGUGUUUGACAAGUACGUGAAGGAGCGAGCCGAGGAGGAGCGGAGAGAGAAGCGCAAUAAGCUCAAGGAACGUAAGGACGAAUACAGAAAGUUGAUGGAGGAAGCCAACUUGCAUGGAAAGUCUUCUUUUGGAGACUUUGCUCAAAAAUUUGGCAAAGACGAGCGUUUCAAAAAUAUAGAGAAAAUGAGGGAAAGAGAAAGCCUUUUCAACGAAUACCUACUUGAAGUGCGAAAGAGAGAAAAGGAAGAGAAGAACAUGCGUAGAGAACAGAUGAAACGGGACUUCUUUAGUUUGUUGCGAGAGCAUACAGAAAUAGACAGACACUCUCGCUGGAGUGAUGCCAAGAAACGUGUGGACUCAGACCCUCGGUACAAGGCAGUGGACUCCAGCAAUACUAGGGAGGACUACUUCAGAGAGUACCAGAAAAUAUUGAAAGAUGAACGCAAGAGAGAAAAAGAGAAGGAUAGAGAACGUCGAGACAAAGAGAGGAAAGAGAGAGGUGACAAGGACAAGGAUAAAGAGAAAGAUAAAGCGGAAAAUGAGAGUGAGCAAGAAAAUGCAGAAUCAGAAGGUGAGCAGGAAAAAGAGAAGGCUGCUGAGAAGGCAGCUCGGGUGGAGGCUUCACUGAGGGAGAGAGAGAAGGAGGUACAACGGACACUGGCUGUGCAUCUCCGAGACAGGGACAAUGAGAGAGAGCAGCACAAGCAUGAUGAAGCUGUGCAGCACUUCAAUGCACUACUGGCUGAUCUGGUACGGAAUUCGGAGCUGGUAUGGAGAGAGGCUAAAAGACAACUUCGGAAAGACCAUCGCUGGGAACUAGCGGAACUCCUUGAUAGAGAAGAGAAAGAGAAACUGUUUAAUGAACACAUAGAACAGUUGUCUAAAAAGAAGAAGGAGAAAUUUAGAGAGUUGUUAAAUGAAACAGCGGAUGUUACCUUAUCAAGCUCGUGGAAAGAAGUUCGCAAACAGAUAAAAGAUGACCCUAGAUACACCAAGUUCUCUUCUAGUGAAAAGAAAUGUGAACGAGAAUUCAAAGAAUACAUCAAGGAUAAAAUGGUUGCUGCAAAAGCAGAUAUUAGAGAACUUCUACAGGAGACAAAGCUGAUUACCCAUAAAACGCUGUCCCUUGUGAAAGAGAACGAUUCGUCAUUAAAGGAAAUAGAAGAGAUCCUGAAGAAAGACAAGAGAUAUCUGGAGCUAGAUCACAUUCCUGAGGAGAGACAUGAACUGGUGAUGGCUUACUUGGAGGAUCUGGAGAAACGUGGACCUCCACCUCCACCCACAGCAUCAGAGCCCUCACGCCGCACCACCAAGUAGAAUAAACUUUCAAUGAACUCAUGAAGCCUGAUGACCAGCCACUCAAGAAUGUUUUGUUAAAAUAACAUAUAUUUAAAUUUAUAUAACUAAUAUUUGUAUAAGCAUGAUGAAAUACAAAUAUUUUAUAUCUUUUAAGACUCUGAUUGAAAUCAGAGAUUUUAGUUGAAAGUUCUGUUCCAAGGUUAUAUUACCUUACCCAAUUUAGUUAUGUCGACAUUUUACCUUUUAGUGUCUGUUUUAAGUUUGAUAAACUGUAUAGUUUAGAUUUCUGUAUUAGUUGGUACACUUGUAUAUUGAUUGUCAUGUAUUUAGAAUGCUACUGUUGUAAAGAAGACAUUUUCUUAUAGAACCAGAUCUUUUAAUAAAAUGAAACUAGUUAUGAUUCA